UGGAGAGGGGCUGUUCUUCCGUCGGACAGUACAAAAUUUAAAGUAUAAACACAGUGAGUGGCUGCUACUCUGCUAGCCAGUGAGGUCCCAAAAUCUAAUAUAGGCAAAGGAAAACAAGGCACUCUACUCAAUAAAGUUUUCGACUUCACGAAUGUAAAGUUGCUCCAUUUUAGAAAUCCAAACUGAACGACAAAAUUGGUGCUUACUUUUGGCAUGUCCCCAUCUUCUUUUCCACAUUUGUGUUGGAAAUUAGAGAGAAAUAUUGAUACGUAUAUUAGACGAAGUGAUGCGGACAGAGUGUGAGAUCGACCAUAGAGCCAAACGCCCCAGUGUCCACCGUCCGAUCACCCAUCCGCCGAAAGACUUUCUCAACUCGCUCCUGCAUUCUUGGAAUGAAGAACGAACGCUAAUUAGAGGCUUAUUACCCAGGGGGCUGACCGCCUGCCUCUCAGGCUGACCGUCUUCCCCUCCAAGGCUCAGUGAUUUCUUAGCGGCUGAGCGGAUCCUUAGCAGUUCGGUAAGGCCUAAAAUGGUUGAAAGGGGUUGAAUUGGCGGAAAUUGCUGAAGUUGUGGCUGACUUUGCGGAAUUGAAUUCAAUUGCUGAAAUGUGAAAAGGGCUUAAUUGAAAUCUCAGAUAAUUAAUCCAUUUCAGUAAAAUGUGAGUUGAGAUGGGCACUCUGUACAACCUUGCCGCUGAGAACUUAAAGAAUAAUGCCUCAAACACAUUGCAGCACGAGAAAUGUGAAGCUCAUUGGCUUUUCAGUGGUGAAACUGCACUUGGUGAUGCUUUACGUGCCUUUUUGUAUUUCAUGGGUCUUUUCUAUUGUUUCAUUGGCUUGUCAGCCAUUACCUCUUGUUUUUUUCGGUCCAUGGAGAAUGUAGUGAAGCAUACUCGAACAGUGGUGGAGACGGAUCCAAGCACGAACACCAAAGUUGUCAAGAAGGAAAAGGUUUGGAAUUACACAAUUGCUGACAUCACUCUGCUGGCCUUUGGGACUAGCUUUCCACAGAUAUCAUUGGCCACUAUUGAUGCAAUACGAAAUAUUGGACAAUUAUAUGCCGGAGGUUUGGGUCCAGGAACACUUGUUGGUUCUGCAGCUUUUGAUCUGUUUCCUAUACACGCGGUUUGUGUUGUGGUGCCUAAAGCUGGUGAGUUGAAAAAGAUAUCGGAUCUGGGGGUCUGGAUCGUAGAACUUUUCUGGUCCUUCUGGGCUUACAUUUGGCUCUACAUCAUUCUAAUGGUAUGGACUCCAAAUGUUGUCACCUUGUGGGAGUCUUUGUUGACGGUUCUCCAGUUCGGGUUACUUCUGAUACAUGUGUAUGCUCAGGACAAGCGCUGGCCAUAUUUGUCCCUCCCUUUGGAAAGGUCUGAUAGGCCAGAGGAGUGGGUUCCUCCUGUAGAGGGUGCUACACAUGGGCUUACGGUUCAAGAGGAGUGCUCAGAAUCACUCAAUGAUGGAGAUGAUGAAAAUAGGGAAGUUGUUGAUAUUUUUUCCGUCCAUUCAAGGCACAAGACAGGUCAUGCUUAUCAAAUAUUGCCUGGUGCAGAUGUUGCUGAAUCAUCUGCAGAGCUGUACUUCGACAAAACAGCUGUUAAUGAAUCUGAUAUCAUCACAAUCUGGAAGCAACAAUUUCUCGCUGCACUUUUAGAACAUGCAACAUCCAGGAAACUGGAUAACAUGUGCCUUCGGGCCACACGCUUUUCAUGGAAAACGCUCCAACUACCAUGGCGGCUUCUCUUUGCGUUUAUACCUCCCUGUCAGGCUGCCCAUGGGUGGCCUUCCUUCAUAUGCUCUUUAAUCUUCAUUAGUGGGAUAGCAUAUGUUGUUACACAACUCACAGACCUAAUAAGCUGUGUUACAGGAAUUAGUCCUUAUGUCAUUGCAUUCACAGCAUUGGCGGCUGGAACUUCAUGGCCUGAUCUGGUAGCUAGUAAGAUUGCUGCAGAACGUCAGUUGACUGCUGAUUCAGCCAUUGCUAACAUCACUUGCAGCAAUUCGGUGAACAUCUAUAUAGGCAUUGGCGUUCCGUGGCUGAUUGACACGGUCUACAACUUCUUUGCAUUCAAGGAGCCGUUGUAUAUACAGAAUGCCAGGGGGCUAAGCUUCUCUUUGCUCAUCUUUUUUGCUACUUCAGUUGGGUGCAUUGGCGUGUUGGUGUUUAGGCGAGUCACUUUAGGUGCUGAGCUUGGAGGUCCUAAAUUAUGGGCCUGGGUAACGUGUGUGUAUUUUAUGUUUCUCUGGCUUAUAUUUGUUAUACUGUCUUCUCUAAGAGUUUCUGGCAUUAUAUAAAAAGUUCCAAGUGUGAUAUCAUAGCCACUUUGUUUUUUGGUUAGAGCUUAAUGGCUUAAACGCAGUACUAAAAUUAGGAUCAACAUCAGAUUUAAAUAAGCAGGGAGGUAUACCAUACAGAACCUUCGAUAUCAUGUACAAUAUUGUAUACAAAAUCAAACUAGGGCAUUUUAAUGAAAAAGUACCCAUAUUGUACCAGAAUUCCAGAAAGUUUUUAUACUUUUU